CAGACUUCAUGUUUUUGUAUCCUUGGAACAGUUAAAUUUGUUAUUGAAUUCGCUAAACUUCAUAGAAACUAUUCCAAGGGUACAAAAACAUGAAGUCUGGUAUCUUUUGCUUAUUAUUGAUGGUGAUUGCCUUAAAUUAUGCAUUGUCUUGCAAUCCUGACGGCAACAAUAAGCCCGUUUGCAGCCAGGAUAAUUUGAAUCAACCCAUACGCAAUUUCUGGGACCCGACUUGUUAUUGGUUGUGCGGGAAGGCCGGCGAAGAGCCAAUAUGCGAGCGCUGCAUGUCAAGUACAAUGUUCGAUUCUGCACAAGGGAAAUGCAUUCCAUAUUAUGAAUGGGAAUGGACGCCACCCUGUCCAUUUGCAGUACAUAAUUGAGAAAAAAUGAUGAGUUUUUAAUUAAUUACUUUUUAAAAAUUACAUAAAUUUGCUGUUGUUUUCAAUGAG